UUAGGUCUAAUCAACAGUGCCCGGUUUCCUGAUAGGGGUACAAAACCACAGUGUAAUAAUUCAUCCUCAUCCCGAGUUUAGUCGAAGCAAUCAAGGUACGCUUGUCAACCAGUUUAAUAUUUAUUGGUUUUAAGUGUUUCUUCCUGGCUCUGCAAUAGUUGGAGCGAGUAUCUUGACCGCGGAAGAGUGUGACUGCGAACACUCCUGAUCACAGAGUGAUGCUUGGUUGAACAAGAGAGAUAUCCAGUCUACAUGUAGUCAUGUGUGCCAACUUUGGACACAUGCAUAGUAGUGUAAAAGAGGGAUAUUUAUGGAAGCGUGGUGAACACAUAAAAAAUUGGAGGAAACGGUACUUCAUCCUUUGUAAGGAUGGAUCUUUCCUUGGCUUCAGAUCCAAGCCAGAGGGUGGGGACACAUCUGACCCCUUGAAUAAUUUCACAGUUAAAGACUGUCAGCUGAUGAAGAUAGAUCGGCCUCGACCAAACACAUUUCUUAUACGAGGGUUACAAUGGACAACUGUUGUAGAGCGCAUGUUCUGUGUGGAUACACCAGAAGAAAGAGAAGAAUGGAUUCAGGCAAUUCACUCAGUCUCUGAUAACCUCAAGGUAACAGAGGAAACAGGAUCUGAGCUGUUUCUUGAUUAUAAAGCCAAAAAGAAAGUGUCAUUAAAUGAUUUUGACUUUUUGAAAGUUCUGGGCAAAGGCACCUUUGGCAAAGUCAUCCUGUGUAAGGAAAAAAGUACCAGUCAUCUGUAUGCUAUAAAAAUUUUGAAGAAGGCUGUUAUCAUUGCAAAGGAAGAGGUGGCACACACAUUAACAGAGAACAGAGUGUUACAGACUACUAACCAUCCUUUUCUUACACAACUGAAGUAUUCAUUCCAAACCCCAGACCGGCUAUGUUUUGUCAUGGAGUAUGUGAAUGGAGGUGAACUCUUUUUUCACUUGUCUCGUGAGCGUGUAUUUUCGGAGGAGCGAACACGUUUCUAUGGUGCUGAAAUAAUUUCUGCCUUGGGUUACUUACAUGAAAACAACAUUGUUUACAGAGAUCUUAAGUUGGAGAACUUGCUACUUGACAAAGAUGGUCACAUCAAGAUAGCAGACUUUGGCUUGUGCAAGGAGGAGAUGUUUUUUGGGGCCAGCACUAGUACUUUCUGUGGUACUCCUGAGUACUUGGCCCCUGAGGUGCUAGAGGACAACGACUAUGGUCGAGCUGUAGAUUGGUGGGGGACAGGAGUAGUCAUGUAUGAGAUGAUGUGUGGACGACUGCCUUUCUAUAACCGAGACCAUGAUGUGUUAUUUGAACUUAUUCUACUGCAAAAUGUCAAGUUCCCCCGCAACCUUUCAGAGGAGGCAAAAUCAUUACUCAGUGGACUACUAGCCAAAAAUCCAAAGAGAAGACUUGGUGGCAGCGAGGCAGAUGCAACAGAAAUCAAGACACAUCCUUUUUUCCAGUGCAUCAACUGGGAGGAUCUUGUUGCUAAAAAGAUCCUGCCUCCUUGGAAACCAGAUGUGAAGAGUGCAUGGGACACGAAAUACAUCCCUGAGGAAUUUGCACAAGAACCACUGCAUCUGACACCCACAGAUCAUCCCAAUGACCGUCUUGAGCCCAUCACAGAGGACCCUGAGUUGCCAUACUUCGAGCAGUUCUCAUACCAUGGUUCGCGGAAUUCCUUUGGUGGGGGCUAUCUGUCAGCUAGUGCCCACACAACAAGCGAACUAUUCUAGCACAUACUGCACAAGAUCAUUUUUAGAAGACCACAAAUAAUUAUCAUUAGCAACAUUGGGCCUCAAAUACUAUGCUCUGCACAUGCCACCUUUGUAUUGUGGAUAUGAAUGGCAGAUAAAAUCUGAUGGUAUUAGUCUGGAGGACUCGGUGGAGAAGUCUCAAGCCAUUGCAGAUGUUUUAGUUUUUUCCACAUUGAUGUUCUUUGUUCAUGAUACAGCCGUCAAGAUAAAUGUGCAUUUGUAAAUACAUAUAUGAUCAACUGUGUUAAAAAGUGAGAAUUUUACAAACAUUACAGAUAGCUUCUUUGGCGAAAAGAAAGGAAUUUGAUAGUUGGCUUAUUUAAAGGUAUAGGCAUGUUUGGGAUUACUACAAUGCACCCUUAGCAGCCAGAAGAAAAGACAGUUGCUCUGGCCAGCUUCUCGAGAUUGCAUGGAGAUGAUAAUGCUGGCACAUCUGAUAGCACUGCCGUAGAGGGAUGCUUUGUUCUCACUGUUUGAAAUUCUAGACUUGCAACAGAAGCAUAUGACUUAGUCAAACAUUAUGCAGCUUAGCACCUUGUGACUGACAUCGGUACCAAGCACAUGAAAGUUAUAGAACCACUUUGCAGAAACCAAAGCUUCUUGGAGAUGUGUAUAUGUUAGAGCUGUUCUUUUAGUUUGGUGCUGUUUCUGUCUGUCUUUGCCUGGUACACUUACAAUGUGAGAAGACAGCAGCAUACUGACAAACAAGGUAACAUGAGCAGCAAGUGAAAUGUACUGCAACCCUUGUCACGGAAUGCUGUCCAACUUUCAGCCAUGAAUGUUUUCAAUUCAUCUUAAAGGUGGACUGAAAUAUGGAAUAAACAUUAUUUUUCUGAAUCACAUCAGUACCUCAUGCCUAUCUUUAUCACAAGGAAGAUUUCCACUGGAAGUUUUUAUGUGAUGGCGGUUUAAGGUUUUAUUAUUAGUUUUUUUUUUGUGGGGUGAGAGGGUGGAUAGACAUAUUGUUUUUCUAAAAAAAAAAAUAAACCCUUGACACUUGUGCACACAGAUACUGUUUACCACAAGCUCCCAUCUUAUAGAUGUCAUCUGCCAACCACCUCCACACCCCCGAAGUUUGGGAAGAUGAAUGGAUUUGAAUAGUUCAUUCAUGCUUUACUCCAUAGACCCAGGGUUAGGUCAAAUACCUGAUAUAUACAUUGACAGUGUAUCAAAACUCAGAUCUGCCCAAUGUCAUUUAAAUUGUAGAGGUAUAUACACAUUCUUUCAACAUAUAAUUUCUGCUAUACAAAAAUGUGUGUACUUCUAGAAUUUGAUUUCAUUGGUCAGAUCAGGCAUUCCAUGUGAGCAAAUAAACAAUCAAAUCACAUGACCGAUGGAGUUUGAAGAAAGUAGAAAUGCCCAUACAAAACUAUGGAUGUUAAAAGGAAAAGUUUUUGAAGUUACAUGGGUGAUGAUGGUAGUCACAAAAGCAAAGUGACUUGGGAUUCUAGAUUGAGCAUGAGACAUGUCAAACAUGGUAAAAACAUUGCUUGUGACUUUAUCAUUAUAAGCUUAGUCUGUGUCUCUACUGUGCAGAUAAUGACAACAUUACCCAACUUUUUUGCUGGGGAAAACAUGUUUUGAGUGUUGCUGUUACAGGGAAGUGUGGGUGUGGUUACAAAUGCCUAUGCAGAAGUAAUACACCACAUACAUUGUAUACAUAUUGUGGCUUGAUCAUGCCACCACAGCAAUGGUGGUACGUGAAAACAAUUCACAAUAAUGCUGACACUAUAUAUAUACUUGUGGCCAUCAGCUUUUUCGCAAUCCAGGAUCACAUGAGUCUGUAAGAAUAAUAAAAGAUAAAAAUGAGUUGCCCGAUAGGUCAAAUCGUUUUCUGUCCUCUGUACAUUGUGCCGAGACUUAAUGUUAUUUUCACUAAACAUGCACGAAUCAUAAAAUGUUGGCUUUUAUAAAUAUGAUCUGUAAGUUUUAGUAACUGCAGCUCUAUUAACUGUCUGUAAACUUAUGCUGUUAAACAUUUUGAUGCUUUUCAGACUUGGUCAGAUUUGGAGGCUUUAGGUGUAUGUAUGUUACAAAAGUGUGUUUAAAAAAAAAUCCCCCUGAACAUGACACCAUCUUUUAAGCAAAUCAUUUUAAAUGUUGAGUUAUCCAGUGAUUUCUUCAUCAGGAAGACAUUUUGACGUUGUCAUCCAUGUGUUUGUUCUUUCUCACACACCAAACAUUUUGUAGUAAACCUUUCUCAUUUACACUGAGAACAGUUGUGGCAGCCACCAAGACUCUUGUGGACAAGGCAUUUUUUGUUUUUGUUUCAUGAUGCCAUUUUUAAUGUGCAGAAUGCUGCAACUGCUUGUUGUGCUUGAGGCAUUCACCAGCAAAAGUAUUUAAGGUAGUUUGUUGUACUACUGUAUUCUUGAAGGUUUGCCAUGGAGGAAAAUGUAUUGGUCCUACACUUUGUUCUUGGAAUUUGAAAAUUGUAAUAAUUAUGUCACAGUGAAACAACAUUUAAUCCUUUCAUUAAACUAAUCUGUAUAAAUGCUGACUUGUAAACAAUUUAAAGUGCAUUAUAUAAAUUCUAAAGUGACAGGAUGGUGAGAAGCUUGACAGCAGCAUCUUGUCUUCCCUUGAAAUAAAUUGUUUAUCCCAUAAUCUUCUGCAUGGGUGACAAGCUGUUGGUUAUUAAGAGGACAUAGUUUGCAGCAAGUUCACACACACCAAGGUGCAUGCCACACACACACAUUGAUCUGUUUCAUCAUCAGCUCAUAAUGUAAUUUGAGUUGCUUUGUAACAUGCUAUGACACUGGCAGGAGAAGCUCACAAAAGUACUUGCACAACAGCAAAAACAAGAAAGCCUCUUGGUCAUAAUGCAGUGAAAAGUGGUUCACCAAGACUACAGUAUAGCACUUGAAGUCAACCCAAGCCUUUACUUCACUGAUAAAUCAGAUAAAUUUCUGCUUAAUGGUUAGUGGAAGUUUUCUAGAUUCAGGCAGGCCUCAUACCAACAUCUAUCGGCUUCAGAGUUAGGGCACUAAUCACCAGACCUCAAGUCAGAGUGAAAGGAUGGGAAAUGAGAGGUGCACACAUUGAACAGGUAGUGUUGUGCUUCAGAAUCUCCCUUUAAUAAAAACAAGGCAAAACAAACUAGGAGCAGAAAGAAGGGGAUGGAGGGAACCCAAGCUGAUAAGGCCUUAUACUGUGUGUGGCAAUGCCAUGAUACCAAAGAAUGCUGCUAAGACUGACUUCCAGGAGUACGCUGUGUGCUCUCUUGUCUGCAUCUUCAGAGAUGGUAACAUGGUUCAGGAUGCUACAUGACUGUGUACUUUACGAGUUGUUGUGUGGGUGUGGUUGAGUCUUUCAUUGUUGUUGUCUUGGGCUUAGACUGGCUUAUCACCAAUGUACCUGUGAGCAUAGAAAACUUCGAGUUGGCAGUGGUGGUUCUAAUAUUUAUACAUGAUUUGUGCCAAUGUGUAUAUAUAUGCAGUCACUAGUGUGUACAUUCAUUGUUUUCUUAUAGGCAUGAAAGACAAAUAUGUAAGUGUCUUACUGUUGCUUACCCAUUUGUCUCCUUUUUGCAAUUAUUUUUAAAAAUUUGAUAUGCUUGUGUUGAAAAAAAUAGACGUAUAAGUGGUGCAUUGCAGAAAAGUUAUAACUGCUGGCUGAUCUUGAGUGUAGCCAAGGCAGUUACGGUGUUUUCCCUCCCACGGAGAAAACUUCAUUUUUCUUGCCAUUAAAGUGUAAAGCAGCAGUUGAAAUAUAUGUAAGACACCGAGAAUUAAAAAUAUGGCCUGAAUAUUUGUCAUUUUUGGUAGAGCUACUGGGCUGAUAUCAGCUUUGAACAUUAUACAGAUGGAUUUUGAGAGGUGAGCAAGGGUUGACGAAAGAGUUCUUGAUUAGUUGCUUUGUGUUAUAUCAUUGACUGGUUAGGUGGGAUAGUGCAGUUUCUGUGCUUGCUAAUGUCAACCAGAAAAACUGAAACAGCAUUGCUAUUGCUAUUAACUUACAGUAAAAGGGAAUGAAGCAUUGAGUAUUACUCAAUUUCUCUAUCUGUUGUAUUGCUCAAUUUCUUUCUCUCUUGAUCUUAUUUUUCCUUUCCAAGCCAGAACCGCAUACUUGGAAUCUUAUGUUUGCAGAACAAUGAUACUUAGAUUAGUGAAAUAAUAUUAACUUAUUUUUUGUGGGAGGAUGUGUUUAAAAUGAAAUUGUUAUCCAUCGCUUGUCCUUGUCUGUGUGUCAUCAUUGUUGUUGACUGAUGGGCCUAAAGACUAACCCAAAUGUACCAAACAUUAGUAGAAAUGGUACAUGCAUCAUAUGCUUGUAACUUUGACUGAAGUAUUUAGGUAUGUGGCAACAAUGUGUACAAAUCACCUUGACUUUAUUUAAUUAUUUUAGCAAAAUUAAUCUGCAACAGUUUGAUGUGAUCAGACACUCAUUUUUCUUUUCAUCUCUAAAAGUGAUACCGACCCUUCAGGCUGCUUCCUGCAUAUAGUUUUCUUUGAACUUUAAAUUGUUAGGUGUGAAACUUGUGGAUCAAAUUUUAGACCUUCAAGUAAAUUUUAGGUGGCAGUCAUUUUUCUCCUUAUGCAUAUGUCUAGUAAAACUGAAAUAUCUGUUUUAAACAAAGAAAAUAAUUCAUUUAUGCACUUUGAUGGAUCACAUGAAAUUUUGUUUAAAAAAAGAAAACUUUGUGAGAAAGAAAUCACUUUAUUCUUUAUAGUAAAAACUAUUCCAGUAUAUUAUCUGAAAAAACUUUCUUUGCUUUAUUACAUGACAAUUUAUUAAGGUUAGCAUUUUUCUGGUGGUCCAUUUUGUGGGUUUGAUGGAAAGUGUGUGUGAGAUUUCAGUAAGCAGAUGAGUUUUGCUUUUCAUGCACCACAGUACUUCUGUUACUUUUUGGUUGCUUCAUAAUAUUAACUAUAUAUAUUUAUCUGUAUCUACAACUUCUGUAGCUAUUACUAGUGUUUAUUUGAAACCUUUUGAACACCUGUGUACACAAUGGAAAAAGACACUAGAGACUGGUCUUGGCAGUAAGUCUCUUUCGUUAAUUUUGAGUGGCUGAGGGACAUGCCUCUAAAACUCUUAAAACAACACAUUGAUGUGUCAUAAUGCCAUUUAUAAUAUUAAUGAUUGAUAAUGUGACACCGGAAUAUGAGAAAAAAUAGUUUCUGAAAAUUUGAAAUGUUUUAUAAUUUUGUAUUUUUGUGUAUAGUUUAUUUUAUGAUCCUUUUGAAAGUAGGUGAAUUCCAUGCAUACCUAUGCGAUGUUGAAUGUCAAAGUCAUAUUCCGAAUGAGUUAAGCUCAUAACAGACCUGUCUAUGUAUCUGUAUAAAGUGUUUAACCAUUAAGGUCAAAAACAGGGUUUUGAUUUUCUGUUGUGGCACUGAUAUGUUAACCAGUAAAUUUAAAUUAUCGGUAUAUUAACACUUUCAGUUUUUUAAUGGCAAACAUUUGAAUUUUGAUAAACAGGGCACAGACUUGUAAAAUUCACAAGUAGAACCCAAUCAUUAGACUAAGCUUCUAAACAGAGGUGGAUUAAAGUAGCAAUAUGCAUUAUUUAUUUAUUUUUAGUUUUUCAGUAUUGUAAAUAAUAACUAACUUUUGUUGAAUUUACAAUUAUUUCUUUAGUAGCCAAAUUACCAAAAUACAUCCUCUUGAAUGGGAAGUGAGGAAUAGUCUGUUGAUCUAAAUGUAGAAUGUUAAAUAAAGUAUUUUAUGAAUGAAGAGUGAUAUUAAUGAGAAGGAACAGCUUGCUAAAGAGUUCUAAAAUUAACUUGGCUACUGUCAAUGAAGUGUUGGGAAGAGAAGCAAAUGAGAUUGAGCAGCAUAAAGACACUUUUCCAGUAAUAAAACUUAACGAAUUACUGCAUUAUUUAAGAAAAUGUGUGUGAAUAUUUUAGUUCUUGUUUCAUCAUCUACCUGGGGUUAAAUCCCUAAUCAGGUAGUUCAUGGCUAAAAAUCCUUGAUUCUGUUACCGACAUAGGUGAAUAUUAUGCUAAAAACAUUUUUUUGCAAGUUUUUUUAAGGGUGUAAAUCCCUUUAGAAGCAAACAACUAAUUUUAUGUUUAAUAACUUGAUCACUUUAGAAAUUGUAAUGAUAUCUACACCUGGCACUGCUAUAUAUUUGAUAAGGUAGAUGCAUAUUGAGUAUUUGUGAUUCACUGAAAGAGUGCUUUGUUAGGUGUGCUUUGUGAGCGGCAAAUCCUUAUUUUUCCAUGACACUUAUCUUUCCCAAAUCUGCCGAACCUUAACCAGAUAUCUGCAUGAAAAUCUUAAAGGCACGUGACUAUGUGAUGAAGUGUCCUUUUUCUCUCACUUUUUGUGUAUGUUCAGAUGUAUCAUGAACAGAGCGAAAUCAUGUUUGCAUAUAGCUCCCCAGAAAAAAAAUCCCUGAAACAACCAAGUAUAAACACAAUCCAGGUGA